GGAAUGAGAAUUUCAAAAAUAUUAAUUUUUCUAUUUUUAAUUUGCCUAAUGUUUGAAAUGGCGGAUUGCGUAGAAGAUGAGAAACCGAAAAAAGAAGAUCAAAAACCAAAAAAGUUGAAGAUUCUGAUGAAGAAAAAGGGAGAGCAAGAGAGUGGUAAAGUAAACAAAGGGAAAAUUCAAGACGAGAAAAUGAGUGAAGAUAAGGAUGCUCCUCUAUCAAAUCUGAAGGAUCUCCCAAGCCUCGGAUAUUUAAAAGAUUACAAGCCAAGUCAGUUAAAGUUUAGUAUAAAAGCCAGCCGAUAG